AUGUUGAAGAACUUAUUCGAACAGUUCAAACGAAUCCAUGAUGAGAUCAUUGAAUCGGAGGAUCUUGAUCUGAAUCAUGCUUAUUUCAGAUCGAAGUUGUUUGACCUGACCAAGGAGGCUUAUUAUAGUCAGAUUGGAGAUCUGCCCCGACUAGACCUUCCGGAUUUCGACGGUUCAUGCGCCAAUUGGGAGUCUUUCCGCGACCUGUUUAAAGCUUUAGUUCACAACAGGGAGGAGUAUCCUCCUGUAGUUAAAUUCCAACACUUACGCACCCAUGUCAAAGGAGAUGCGCUUGAUCUGAUUAAAAAUAUCAGUAUAGUUGAAGGUAACUAUAUCAGGGCUUGGAAUACUCUUCUUGAACAUUACAACAAAGUAAAACGCCUAAAUAAAGAGGUCUUUGGGGCGGUUGAUGCUCUCUCGGCUCUUCGGCGAGAUUUAGGUAACGGUGACGUUAUAGUCGCUUUAGCUGUCAGUAAGUUAAAUUCUAGUCUUCAUAAGGAGUGGUUUAAACAUAUUGGCAGUGUAGCAGAGCCUCCAACCCUCGAUCAAUUAAGAUAUUUCUUUCACAAUCAGAUACAAACUCUUGAGUCAUAUCAAGAUCGUUCCUUCGAUCGAGAACCCAAGUCUACCUUCAAAUCUAAAUACUCGUCUCAUGCUACUGUUAAUAAUGAGGUUGUAAAAAAUAAAAAACCUUGCCCAGUUUGUGAGGACAUUCACCCUCUCUGGAAUUGUGACACUUUCCGAAGCAUGACUUGGCUUGAAAAACGCGAGAUUUUGCAAAUCCACCGUCAUUGCUUCAAUUGUCUGGGUUCUCACUGGAUUAAAGACUGUGGUUCUACUCAAACUUGUCAAAAGUGUCAACAAAAACAUCAUACCCUUCUGCACAAAGAGCAAGAGGAGUCUACUAAGAGUAAAAGGGAUAAAGGGAUCUCUGGUAAGAAGGCCUCUCUGGCUAUUACGGCGGUAAAGGAGUCUGAGUCGUCAUCUGAUGAGAUCUCUUGUAAUAAUUGUGUAAAUAGCUCGUUUUUCAAAACACCUACUGGUGUCUUAUUAGCCACUGCCUUAGUCAACAUUCACAACUCACUAGGUGAAUGUUUUCAAGUCAGAGCUCUGAUUGAUCAAUGUUCCCAGUGCUCAGUCAUUUCGCAGUCUUUGUGCUCUUUAUUAGGUUUGCGUGGCUUUAAGAUUAACGUGUCCCUGACUGGGGUUGGUAGUCAGACUUCUUCAAAUAGCAAAAGAAAGGUCUCACUCGUCUUAGGCUCAACUGUGGAUCCAAAAUUUAAAUUGGAAAUAGAAGCUUUGGUCCUCCCACGAGUAACUUCUUACCAGCCCCCCUACUUGUCUAACGACAAAAUUGUAGAGCACUUGCACCAGUUGGUCUUAGCUGAUCCGCAGUUCACUAAAACUCGCAAAAUAUAUCUGUUACUAGGAUCAACUGUUCAUACUGUUAUUAUCAAGGGAGAAGUUUUUAAGGGAAAUUCUUUCCAACCCAUAGCAUCUGAUACACAGCUUGGAUGGAUCGUUUCAGGCCCGGUUGAAACUACCACUAAAAACAGUAAGAACGUGUCUCACUCGUUAAAGUGUUCUGAGGAUGACAAAGUUCUCGAAGUUUUGAAACGAUUCUGGCAAGUUGAAGAACCCUUCACUUCUGUAUUACCUCUGUGGCCUGAAGAGAUUCAAUGCGAACAGCAUUUUGUUGAACAUCACGCUCGGAAUUCUUCAGGUCGAUAUGUUGUUCGUUAUCCUUUCAAGGACCAACCACCCGAAGUAAUUAAAGAAACAUCCUUUAAAGCUGCCCAAGCUAUGCUCAAAUCAAUGGAGACUAAACUUAGUAAGAAUCAUAAGUUUCGCGAACUGUAUGUCCAAUUCAUGGAAGAAUAUCUGGAAUCAGGGCAUAUGGUCGAAGGAUCUUUUGAAAAAGCUAAGUGUUUUUUACCCCAUCAUGGUGUUAUCAAGGAGUCGAGUAGUACUACGAAAUUGAGAGUGGUAUUUAAUGGUUCCUCUCGUUCUUCCUUGUGUCCCUCCUUGAAUGAGUACUUGCACAUAGGACCUAAUCUAUUGGUAAAUCUGGCUGAUCUAAUCGCUGAUUGGAGAAAUUAUAGAUAUGUCUUCACAGCUGACAUUGCCAAAAUGUUUCGGCAAGUGUCAGUCCAUCCAAAUGAUCAACUCUAUCAGGCUAUACUGUGGAGAGAUAAUCAGUCCAAACCUCUGCGUGUUUACUUUCUAACCACUGUAGCUUACGGCCUAGCUAGCUCGCCUUAUCUGGCUUCUCGAACUCUAAGCCAGUUAGCUUUGGAUUGCAAGAAUGAGUACCCUUUAGCUUCCGAAACUCUUUUGAAAUCCAAGUACAUGGAUGAUAUUUUGUCCGGAGGUCACAGCUUGGUUGAAAGCAUUCAGCGCAGGGACGAAUUGUUGAAAUUGACUGAAUCAGGAGGUUUUCCUCUUCGAAAGUGGAGUGCUAAUUCUCCAAAACUGCUAGAUGAUUUGCCACCCUCUCUGCUCGCAAGUUCAUUAUUGGAAUUUAAAGAUUCUGCUAUGUCUACUUUAGUUUUGGGUCUUAGCUGGAACCCCCUUCUGGAUCUUUUUCAAUUUAAGGUGUUGAUUGAAACUGAAGUGCCAGUAGAUAAUUGGACGAAAAGAAAGAUUCUCUCUGAGAUAUCAAAACUUUAUGAUCCAUUGGGUUGGUUAGCUCCUACUGUGAUUUCGGCUAAAGCAUUCAUGCAAUCUCUUUGGCUCUUGAAACUGUCAUGGGAUGAACCGAUUCAAGAGCUCAUAGUUCAAGACUGGCUUGCCUGGUAUAAGGAACUUCCUGCCUUGAAUAAAGUAAAAAUUCUACGCUGGAAUGGUGUUACCGACAAUAUGGUUAAAUGGAAAUUACACUGCUUCGCCGAUGCUUCUAAAACAGCGUACGCAGCGGUAAUGUAUUCUCGAGUAGUGAAUAAUAACGGUGAGGUCAUUGUCGCCUUGCUUUUGUCCAAAACAAAGGUAGCACUACUUAAAACUUUGAGUAUUCCUCGACUUGAAUUGUGUGCUGCUCAUUUGGCUGCCAAAUUGGUGAAUCAUUAUUUGAACAACAAUACUCGUGUUCCUGAUUCAGUCCAUCUGUGGUCCGAUUCUAAAGAUGUCUUGUAUUGGUUACAGGAUAUACCAUCACGGUACUCAACUUUGAAGAAACUUUUAGCUGUUUCAGCUUAUGUGUUAAGAUUCGUGUUCAAGUGUCGUGUCAAAGCUCAAAUGACAAAACUGAACGUUUCAAUGUACCCUUAUGAUCAAGUGAAUAAAUUGAGUAAACUAAAAUUCCUUGACAUUUCGGCUCACUUUCAAUCGUCAACUAAAAUCUUAGACACUAAAGAAAUAAACAAUCCAACUCUUUUUUGGGUAAGCUAUCAUCAAGGUUUACACUUUCCAAUUGAAUUGCGCCUUCUUAAUAGUAAGGAGUCUAAACUUUUUGUUGAGGAAAUUUCCCUACCUUCUAAUAGUCGAAUAGCCAGUUUAAAACCUGUGCUGAGCAAGGGACUUCUCCGAGUUGGUGGACGCUUGGCAGCCUCUAUUUUAGAUGAUCAGAUAAAAAAUCCUCUCAUUCUGGCCCAGCACGAUUAUUUCACCAAUUUGAUUAUUAGAUCUAUCCACGAGGUCACUUUACAUGGUGGCGUUCAGUUGACAUUGACCACAUUGCGAGCUAAAUAUUGGAUAAUAAAUGGUCGACAAUGUGUUCGGUCCUGUGUCAAUAGGUGUUUGAAAUGUCGUCGCGUCCAAGCCUCCAAUUUAACUCAGCAGAUGGGUGACCUGCCUGCUGAACGAGUAAGACCAGCUCCAGCUUUCAGUAAAGUCGGUGUGGACUAUGCAGGUCCAUUUGCCAUCAGAUUGUCUAAGACUCGAGGCAGGGGGACCACGAAGGGUUAUAUAGCUGUGUUCAUUUGUCUCAGCUCUAAGGCUCUCCAUUUAGAAGUGGUCGAGGACUACACUGCUGAGUCCUUCGUUGCAGCCUUUCAACGGAUGACAGCUCGGCGCGGGCAUUGUUCUGAUCUUUUUAGCAACUGUGGCACCAAUUUUGUGAAGGCUGCAAAGGAAUUGGAUUUAGCUCUAAAAAACCUAUUGAAAGAAUCUGAAUUAGCUCAAAGUCUAGUAUCAUUAGGGACCAACUGGCACUUUAACCCGCCGCAUGCUCCCCACUUUGGGGGUAUCUGGGAAGCAGCCGUUAAGUCGGUGAAAUUCCAUCUUAAACGAAUUGUGGGAGAACAAAUCUUCACCUUUGUAGAGUUUUGCACUUUACUCUGUAAGAUUGAAGCUUGUUUAAACUCUCGCCCUUUGCUUCCAUUAACGUUAGAUGUUACUGAUUCGUUUCCUCUAACCCCGGCACACCUCUUAAUCAUGAGACCUACGUUUCUGUUGCCCGAGGUAGAUACUACCAGUGAACGAGUUCCAACGCUCCAUAAAUGGAAACUUAUCAGUCAACUGGCUCAAUCUUUCUGGAAGCGUUGGUCUACCGAAUAUCUGCAGAGCCUUCAAACUCGGAAAAAGUGGCCUCACGAGAGACCUUCUGUGCAGGUUGGUGAUCUUGUUCUGAUUAAGGACUCCCAGUUUCCCCCGGGACAAUGGCCACUAGCUUUGAUCAUCAAAACUUACUCGGGUCCAGACGGUUUGAUUCGAGUAGUGAAGUUGAGAACUGCAAAUUCCACGUUUACCAGACCCAUAGUUAAAUUAGUUUUAUUACUUACCAGAAAACAGUUGAGAGAUAACAAACUCAAAUGUGAUGAGAACUAUGGCUCGGUUUAA